CUUCCUCUCACUCAAUCUCACUCACAUUCUCUCUCUAGCUCAAUCUCACUCUUUCUCCUUCUCACUGUACUAAUACUAACCCUUUUGAAUUUUUUUCUUCUCUUUUUUUUUUUUUGGGAGCUGAGCUAAGCUACUGUGAGGUAUUUUUUUUGUCCUUAAUUUGAAUUGUAUUAUGGUUGUUAUGGGUGACGAUGCUAUAUUGUUGAAAUUGCUGAAAUUUAAUUGAAUUGCUGAAUUUUUUUGAAUGUUCAUGCCAAAAGAUAACUACAUUAAUGUUUUGUUUUAUUUCUUUACCAGAUUUAUAAAUUUUAGGAAAUGAGUUUGGGUAUGGGGAACAAGUUGAAGCUAUUGACCUUGAAGACUCUUAACUUUAUAGGAAUCUUUCUUUUUAUGAAGUUGUCUUUUACUUUAGGUUUUAUUUGUAUACAUACUAUGUUAUUAAAAAUUAUUAAAAUAAUAUUUCUUAUGAACGUAUUCCAGCUGUACUCGUAUUUUAGUUUUUCACAUCGUAUCGUACUUGUAUCCCGUAUCCGUAUUUGUUCUUCCUAACUUUCUUGCGAAGAAUCCCACUGAGAGCUUGAAAAUAUUGUGAAAGUCUCACCCUAUUUAUAUUAAAAAAAAAUGCCUUAAAAAAGAACUCAAGUAACCCAUAUGAGAUUCAAUUAUAAUAUUUGAAUCAAAUUUAUUAGAGGGAGAGUUGAAAUUUUAAUAUCCCUCCAAAAUUAAUCAUAUUAUUUCAAUCAAAUUAUUUUAAUCAAAAUAGUUUGGAGGGAAUAUUGAACAUUUGGUUUCCCUUCAAAAUUAAAACUAGUAAACUAUUUAAAUAUAUGAUGUUUUUAUUUUAAAACUAAAAGCAAAAAUUAGAAUAAAUAUUUAAAAGAAAUAUUUAUAUAUAAUUUUAGGGAAAAUUACAAACACCCCCGAGAGAUUUGACAAAAAUACGAAUUCCCUCCUGAGAUUUGAGAAAUUACAUCCCACUCACUGAGAUUUAUAUUUGCAUAACAAAUUGGCCCCUAAGGUUUAUAUUUACAUAACAAAUUAUCUACUCAUUUGUUAUGCACAUAUAAACCUCAGGGGGCAAUUUAUAAAUUUUCAAACUUCAAGGGGAAUCUGUAUUUUAGUCAAACUUCGAGGGGGUGUUGGUAAUUUAUUCGUUCGUAAUUUUUUAAUACAUAUUUUUUAUUUAUAUAUAAUAUUUUUUUGAUAAAUAACAUUUAUAUAUAUAUAUUUUUUGAAAAAAUUAGAAUAAAUAUUUAAAAAUAAUAUUUAUAUAUUUUUAAUACAUAUACAUAUAAUUUUAUUUAUAUAUAAUUUUAAUAUAUUUAUAAGAUAAUUAUGGCGUCACGGUUCGAUUUUGGUUCAACUAAGGUUGAACUAGUGACCCAUCUGUCCAAUUUCUUUUUUGGUUCCCUUACCAAUCCGGAUUUUAAAACAUUAGUUCUUACCUUCCUCCAAGAAAGGAACGCACACGAAUUGUGUGGAAACAGAUGAUUUUCACUUAUGUUUUUUUAGAAAUAUGAAGAAACUAGUUUUAGUUGGCAUCUUUGUCAAAAGAUGAAUUCAUAUUUCAAAACAAUUGAGUGAUUUAAAAACAUUCUCAAGAAAAUUUGAACUUUUUUUUUAUUUGUAACGUGUUUGAAGGAAGGUAGCAUAAGAGAGAGGCUAUGAAGCACAAGUACUCCAAAAAUGUUACCAUAUAAGUACCGGAUACUUAUUGAGUGUGAGUACGUGUAACGUUAUAACUGCACGUAUACCGAGUAUGCUAAAAACGCACUGGGUAUGUUUUAUACUAUCAGUAUAAUGAUGGGUACGCAAUGGGUACGUUUUUGGGUAUUUCAAGGUAAAAAACGAAUUGUUUUACAAAUUAAAGGGUACGAAGCAAUUUUGUUGGUUUAUUUUAAAAAAAAUUAUUUAAAUUUGGGGUAUUAUUGUAAUAGACAAAACUUGAAACAAAUUAAGGCCAAGUUUGACAUGAUUGAAAAAAUACAAAAAGUUAAAAAGUCACUAUCCUAUUUAAGUCACAUCAUCUUAUUUAAAUCACAUCACCUCUCUAACACAUUAUUUCAAACCCAACCCAAACCCAAACCCAACCUAUAUUUCAUAAAAAGUCAAAAAAUACACUUAUUUAGUCUUCUCAAACUAUGCCUAAAAUUAGGAAAUUAGGGUUCUACUCUAUUCGAUUCUCUCUCUCUUUUUCUUGAAACACAGAGACUCCCAAGCGCUGAAGAACUCCUUCCUGCGAAGCUAUUGAAGAGAAUCGAAGAACUCCCAAGAGAAUCGAAGGUGCUGAUCGAUUCUCUUCUUCAAAGAUCACAUUCCGGGUUGUUGUUGUUCCAAAGUAUUCAUUCUUAUCAAAGACAUGCGACGACCGAAGGUGGAGGUGUUCUCGGUGCGCAUCAACCACAUCGACGGAGUGAAGCUCUACGGCACAAUCACAGUCACCGACGGACAGAGUUCUCAAUCCAUCUACAACCGAUCAAGAGAUCAUUACGAAUCCAUCAGCCCGGGCCAAACCGCUUUGCUGACUGGCCCAGCUCGAUCCAUCUCAGCCUGCGACUGCUUCACCAUCGACGUGGCUCUCAAGGAUAAGGACAAAUUGUCUCCGGACGAUGAUGUCAGCAGCGAGCAGAUACCGUGGAACGUUUACAACAUCACCAACAAGUAUGAUGAGCCCUUAUACGAGGACGUUCCUGGCAAGAAUGGUUCGGUGACGGUCAACUACGUAGUGUUCAGGAAUGCGGUGGGGGCUACUGUGGAAGUUACGCUCGUAAACCGAGGUGGGGAAAACUCGGCCCAUGUUUACGAACUGCUUACUGCUCGCAAUGGAAAUUUCAUGAAUGAAAGCGUGCUGUUUCGGAAGAAAUUAGAUGAUGAGCACGUAGAUGUAAGGCCUGAGCAGCCCAUCCCGUUGUCGAGAUCUGUGUUGGCCGUGCCAUCGAACUCCUCCCUCAUAGUUUGGGCAGCUCUGAUGGAUCACCAUGGUGAGAUUGCCAAGGGCACUGCAGAGUUUCCUGCUCAACACUCCGGUACAUCUCAGAAGAAUAUUUUCGGAGAGCAAGGUGAGAUCCGCGUUAAGGUCACUUGGACAAGAUGGUGAGACCGACGAAUAUAUAUAUAAUAUGUCACUUGUCAUUUAUGGCGAGUGUUUUGUUUUAAUAAGUUGAUUGUAGCUUUGGUAUGGUUGUUUCAGAUUCUACAUCAUUGAUUACAUAUAAAAUAAUUAAUCUGUUUUGAUGUUGUUAAA